GGUCACCUCUGCGUGGGAGAUGAUGCUUCUCCCAUCAAAGUUAUAGCCUAUAUAAUUAUGUCGGAUGAGAUAGUCAGUAGAGUUCAAUUCUGUACCGUGACGUGGCAAUAUAACAAUACUUCAUCGGGCAGACCACCAAACCAAACACAGAGCGCAGAUACCCUCACCAAAGCGCAUUAGAAUCUCAUAGCUCGAGAUGAGCGCUUCGUAUCUUCAACAACUUUGCAUACUUCAAUUGGUCUGGUGCCUUGGAUGUUGGAAGGCGACAGAGGCUAGUCCAUACAAAGAGUGUGAACAUGGAAUUGCUUUCAGAAGGGGUUCUGGGAUCCAGACUGAUGUUGGUGAUAUGAUGGGGAGAGAUCAGAAUGAGGAGCAAGUUCAGAAUGUUUUCAAAAGAUUCCUGUUUCACUAUUCAAAGGCCAACUCAGUAGACUCUGUACAGCACGCGUCCCAUUCAGUGCACCCGCUGAUGCGCCUGUCACCCAAACUGUCUCAGAGGAGAAAGAAGCAGCUCAUGCUUUUGGUAAGGACCCUGUGCUGUUUCAACCUUGAUUAGCAGAAUAUCAAUAUUGAAGCAGGAGACAAGGGCACUUCUAACCUGCAAGACCGACUAACUUUAACCAAACCCUUUACAUAAUUUUAAGCAAUUCUGAAAUUAAAUAUUGGUUUGCAGGUCAGCAGUGUCCGUGUAGCCUAUUCUGAUUGAAGCUCAAGUUUGUGAAAGCUUCUCCAGUGCCUUUCUCUUAGAGGUUGAAGACCACAGUCUUUCUGUGGCCAGUCCACAAGGCUCAAUCAAGGUACAAUAUGUACUUUAGACAUAGUAUAUACACUACCCCCGACUAGAAUCUUCACAAUUAAAAGUUAGAACAAAUGCCAAACCAUGACCGAGGUUCUCUCUGUUCCCUGCUACACAGAAGCACUCUGAUGUGUGAUGUAAAAAUCUGACUUUGGAAUAACUGGACAGAAGACAUCAGCAUACUGCAACCCCCCUGAACAUGGAGCACAAAAUGGCAGACUGAGGGACAGACAGAAGCAGCAUCCUCAGUGUUCUCUGGCAAUGGACUUGAUAUUUUUGAGAAAUAAAUUAUUGCAGAUUG